AACUUUUGUCUGUCUCUUUUGUAUAUAAGUUUCCUCUUCUUUACUCCUCUGGAAUCUGAUUGAUCCCUGAGAUAAGAGCUAGUCUCUAUCUUGGCUCCGGGUCCUGCGGUGAAAGGUAGAUCUGAAUUCAACCCAGCCUGGGAGCAGCGGCAGCAACGCGGUGGUCCCAGACGUAAGAUGGCCAGAACCAAGCAGACCUCGCGCAAGUUAACUGCUGGGAAGGCUCCACGUGAGCAGCCAGUCGCCAAGCCGGUCCGCCAGCGCGCCUCCUCCAAGGGCGGGAUCAAGAAGCCGCACCGGUACCGGCCCGGCACGGUGGCGCUGCGCGAGAUCCGCCGCUACCAGAAGUCCACCGAGCUGCUCAUCAGAAAGCUGCCCUUCCAGAGGCUGGUGAAGGAGAUCGCGCAGGACUUGAAGAUGGGCUUGAGGUUCCAGAGCGCGGCCAUCGGCGCCCUGCAGGAGGCCAGCGAAGCCUACCUGGUGGGCUUGUUUGAAGACACCAAUCUGUGCGCCAUCCACGCCAAGAGAGUCACCAUUAUGCCCAAAGACAUGCAGCUGGCUCGCCGCAUACGGGGCGGGCCAUCUUAAGCGGGAGGCCCCUUUUCCGCUGUUUUGCAGUAAAUGCUGUACAAUGCUUUGAUUUCACGCGUGGCCUUUGUAGUAAGACGUAGUUGAUCAGGUGCUGUGUGUGUGCAUUGUUCUUUCCAUCUUUCCCUCAGGAUGAAGGCAGAAAGUGACAGCUCACAGCCCGCAGGGGGGUGGGCCCUGCUGCUCAGGAGGGAGGCGUUGCUGUCCAACAGAAGGGAUGGGUACAACUUGCUGCUUCUCAGGAGGCAUGUUUCUGUAUGGGGAUGACUUGUUGGGAAGCUAGAAUCGACAAUGAAUGUGACAGGGCCCUUUUGCAAUAAAACUGGUUAGUACUUUAUCCCAGCGUUUUCACAAUCGGGGUUGUUAAGUUUGACUACACAUCACUCUCAUAGAAUGUGGGCUUUUUCAAAGGUUAAGAAACUCAUGUCUUAACCACAGUGCAACUUACAGUUUCCUUGAGAAUAAAUAAACCUGGCAUCUAUAGAAUAAACUGUAUGCAUUUAUAAUAGCCGUUCUGUAUAUUUCAGUGUCAACAUCUUUAAAUAAACAUUUGACAUCACA